AUACUAUUGAGCAAGGAUAAAGCGAGAGAGAGAGAGAGAGAGGGUGAGUUAGUAAAUGCUGUUUGCAGUCGAGUGUCGUGGAAUCACAGCAAAGUACACUGGUAGCAGGGAUAAAGAAAACCUUGAACUAACCAAUUAAUUAAGGAGAAUAAGAGAACAGACACUACGGAGAGAAAAGAGAAGUGAGUCUGGUCUUUCAUCCUCUUAUCUGGGCAUCAGACGGAGGAGAGGAGAGGAAUCCAGAGAGAGGGGGAACGGAUGAUAACAGGGUGCUCAUUCCUGUUUAACACCAUUCUACCCGGAACAGACUGCAACAUUGUUACAUUGGGAUUGUGUAAAUGGUAUACACGUGCCAGUGUGUGUGUCUGUGAGCUGAUAAUAGCUACCCUAUUGGUAUUCUGAGGAGGGAGCUCCAGGAUCUCUCUCUGCUCCUACCCAGGAUGGCAUCACAGAGACGGGAUUGUGCUCGCCUGUGGAGAGGCCACUGGAAUAGGGCUGAAACCUAGUGGAAUUAUCUCUACCUUUCUGAAUCCUUUCCUUGUCAGUCAGGAGUCACAGUUCCCACCAUGGGAAAUAAAGACAAACUGCUAGCAUCCAGCACCCCAAUACUGACCACCUCUCUACCCCUGCAGAGUGACCCCCCCACCAGGAGCACAACCACCAGUGCCACAAUUGUUCCAGUGAGAGAUGUGUACAAUGCACUCUUCUGAUUACAACCGCAUCCAAUGGGAUUUAAUGAAACCUAGAGGUUUGGGGUGUUGAUGCCAGUGUAACAGCUUGUAGAGGACGUUGAGCUUCGGGGGAUGUGUCUCCAUGGAAGGAAAUACUCAACUGUGACGCUCCUCCAGAAAACUACAUGGGAUUGUGGUACACGGGUGGAUUUAUCGGCUGUACAUCCUGUCUAGAUUAUGAGACUUUACUCUGUUCACUUCAAAGUUCUGCGUCUGUUCCAGACCGGUUCCUCAGCAGAACCAAGUAGUUGACAGUCCCCCCUUGGGAAUCCCGCCUUCUGAUUUGUUUGUGGGCUUAUUUUUUAAAGGAACAAUUUCCCCUCCACUUUUCACUUUUUCUGGUCUUCCACCUUUCCCCCCACCUCUUCAUCCAUUGAGGAGGAAUAUAUUAUGAAACAAGUCCAUUCUUUCUGAUCCUCCCUUGGUGACAGAGAGAGAAGAGGGACAAACUGCCCUGAAUAGAUAACGAGGAAGGAGAGAGAUAACGGAGAAGAGAAGGAGAUAGGGAAACAGGUAGAGAGAAAGAGAGAGAGAGAGAGAAGAGAUAAAGAAAGCGAGAUAAUUAACUGAGAUUUGUCAGAAUCCUUCUAGAGACGUCCUGCCUCAGCCUAAUUUAGCCUGUCUGUCUGAGAUCCGCUGGAAGCUGAUUGGUUGGUUGGCUGCUUGGUUGCACGAUGGAAGAGGCAGAAAAAGAGGCAGAAUUCUGACCGGGGGGGUAGCUGAGCACUAGAGGAGGGUAAAAGGUCCCGCUGUACACCCCUGGACCGGAACUGGAUGGCUCAUAAACAGACAGACAGACAGUAAACUGGGAGUCAUUAUAAACAAGCAUUACAAGCAGACAGUCGUCAUUGUCAUUCCAGACUGUGUGUGUGUGUGUGUGUGAGAGAGAGAGAGAGAGAGAGAGAGAGAGAGAUAGGGGUAUAGAAGAGAGAAGCUGUCAGUCCUGUGUUGGGUUUGGUGCUGCCUGUCUGCCUGACGGGGACUGAGAGCGAGCGACGCAGCAAUUAGAGGAUCUGACUGCAUCCCCCUCAGCCUCUGCUGGCAAGACUAGACAGAAACAAACAAACAGGUAGGGGGACUGCUACUAGAAGGGAAGGACAGGUUAGAUAGAUGUAGUGACAGCAAGAGUGAGAGAGAGAGGGAAGGAAAGAAAAAAGUAGACAGUGGAAAGGAGAGGGAUAGAGAACAGGUGUCUGAAAUCCCCUUCAUCUGCUUGUCAUUUUCUCUUGUGUUUCCCCCUCUUCUUCUGGGAGAGGUAUUGGAUUUAGACAACGGUACUCGGAGCCGUCGAGGCCUUCUGCCGGCCCAGAGGGAAGGAAACGAGGGAAGGAAAGGGAAGGAGGGGGGCCCUUUUGGAUUGAAACAGACACAUUUUUCAACCCCCGUGUUUCAUUUGACCAAGAGGCUCCUUCCACGUCUAGCUCCACUGAGGAGAGGGAGAGAGAUAAAGAAAGGGAAGAAGACAGCUCAAUACCUUUUCUUUUCCUCCUUCUGUCUUUUACUCUCUACUUUUGUUGAGGGUGUCUGAAGAUUUUUUCUAUCCUCAGUUGUUGCUUUUUCUCCUCACCUCCAAAAGGAAUAUUGUUGCCUAGCUAUCACAGUUCAAGUACCGGAAUCUUCCAUCUUUGUCCUCUCUCUCUCUCUCAGCCCCCCACCCCUUCUCGGAAACAAUCCGGAAUGCUGUGACAGCCCCACAAGUCCCCCCUCCGCGGUAGACGCAUCCCCUUCACCUCACCCCCCUCGUCCCUGACCCCCCCACCAGUGGAUUCCCAUCUCCAUGCCCAUCGAGGGCUGUGCUGACUGGCUACCACACACAUAUAUGGUACACCGCUUCUGAUAUCGUCUGACUCAUUCUGUGGCAAGCAGGCAGCCAGCAGACCGUUCUCCAUGAGGAGCAGUAGAAGAUGCCGGCUCUGCCAGCGCUGCUGCUGUCGAUACACUUCUCCUCCUUCCUGCUAGUUACCAUGGCACCACGCUCCGGAAGCCAGGCCACCCUGCUCUCCUCCGUCCGGAUGGCUGCGAUCCUGGAUGACCAGUCAGUGUGUGGGCGUGGGGAGCGGCUGGCUCUGGCCCUGGCCAGGGAGAACAUCAACAGUGUAAUGGAGGGAGGGGCCAAAACACGUGUGGAGGUGGACAUAUUCGAACUGCAGAGGGACUCCCAGUAUGAGACCACUGACACCAUGUGCCAGAUUCUACCUAAAGGAGUGGUGUCUGUGAUAGGCCCUGCCAACAGCCCUGCUUCUGGCUCUACUGUCAGUCAUAUAUGUGGAGAGAAGGAGAUCCCACAUGUAAAGAUAGGUCCAGAGGAGACUCCCAGGUUGCCCUACCUGCGUUUUGCCUCGGUCAGUCUGUACCCUAGCAACGAGGACCUGAGCCUGGCCGUGGCAGCCAUCCUGCGAUCCUUCAGCUACCCCUCAGCCAGCCUGGUCUGCGCCAAGGCGGAGUGCCUUCUGCGAUUGGAGGAGCUAGUGCGGCGCUUCCUCAUCUCCAGGGAGACGCUGUCAAUCAGGAUGCUGGAUGACAGCCUGGAUCCCACCCCUCUGCUGAAGGAGAUACGAGACGACAAGGUGGCCACCAUCAUCAUCGACGCCAACGCCUCCAUCUCCUACCUCAUCCUUAAAAAGGCGUCAGAGUUGGGAAUGACAUCAGCGUUUUACAAGUACAUCCUCACCACCAUGGACUUCCCCCUGCUGAGGCUGGAUGACAUAGUCGAUGACCAGUCCAACAUCAUAGGGUUCUCCAUGUUCAACACCACCCAUCCAUUCUACCUGGAGUUCAUCAGGAGUCUCAACCUGUCCUGGAGGGAGGGCUGUGAUCUCAUCUACCCCGGGCCUGCGUUGUCGUCAGCGUUGAUGUUUGAUGCUGUGCACGUUGUGGUGGGGGCGGUGAGGGAGCUCAACAGGAGUCAGGAGAUUGGAGUCAAACCUCUCAGCUGCACCUCUCCUCAGAUCUGGCAACACGGCACCAGCCUCAUGAACUACCUACGCAUGGUGGAGUAUGAUGGUCUGACAGGCCACGUGGAGUUCAACAGUAAAGGACAGAGAACCAACUACACACUGAGGAUUCUGGAGAAACAGCACAGGGGUCACAGAGAGAUUGGUAUCUGGUACUCCAACAACACACUGGCUAUGAACGCCACCAGUCUGGACAUCAACGUCUCGGAAACACUGGCCAACAAGACCCUCAUCGUCACCACCAUACUGGAGAGCCCCUAUGUGAUGCGUAAGGGGAACUACCAGGAGUACCAGGGGAAUGACCAGUACGAGGGCUUCUGUGUGGACAUGUUGAGAGAGCUAGCAGACAUCUUGAAGUGCUCCUUCAGGAUUAAACUGGUGGAUGAUGGGCUAUAUGGAGCGCCUGAACCCAACGGGUCCUGGACCGGCAUGGUGGGAGAGCUCAUCAACAGGAAAGCAGACUUGGCAGUAGCAGGCUUCACCAUCACGUCUGAGAGGGAGAAAGUCAUAGACUUCUCCAAGCCCUUCAUGACGCUAGGAAUCAGCAUCUUGUACAGAGUCCACCUGGGGAGGAAACCGGGGUAUUUCUCCUUCCUGGACCCCUUCUCUCCGGCUGUUUGGCUCUUCAUGCUGCUCGCCUACCUGGCUGUCAGCUGUGUGCUCUUCCUGGCUGCAAGGUUGAGUCCCUAUGAGUGGUACAACCCCCACCCAUGUCUGCAGGGGCACAAGGACAUACUGGAGAACCAGUACACCCUAGGGAACAGCCUGUGGUUCCCUGUAGGAGGCUUCAUGCAGCAGGGCUCUGAGAUCAUGCCCCGUGCCCUGUCCACACGCUGCGUCUCAGGGGUCUGGUGGAUGUUUACUCUGAUCAUCAUCUCCUCCUACACGGCCAACCUGGCAGCCUUCCUGACCGUCCAGAGGAUGGAGGUGCCCAUCGAGUCUCCUGACGACCUGGCCGACCAGACCAACAUCGAGUAUGGCACUAUCCACGGGGGGAGCACCAUGACUUUCUUCAUGAACUCGCGCUACCAGACAUACCAGCGCAUGUGGAACUACAUGCACUCCAAGCAGCCCAGUGUGUUUGUGAAGAGCACAGAGGAGGGCAUUGCCCGCGUGGUCAACUCUAAAUAUGCCUUCCUCCUGGAGAGCACCAUGAAUGAGUACUACCGCAAACUCAACUGUAAUCUCACCCAGAUUGGUGGUCUGCUGGACACCAAGGGCUACGGCAUCGGCAUGCCACUGGGAUCUCCAUUCAGAGAGGAGAUCACUAUGGCCAUCCUGCACCUGCAGGAGAACAACAGGCUGGAGAUCCUGAAGAGGAGGUGGUGGGAGGGAGGACAGUGCCCUAAAGAGGAGGACCACAGAGCCAAGGGUCUGGGCAUGGAGAACAUUGGGGGUAUCUUCGUGGUGUUGAUCUGUGGCCUCAUCAUUGCUGUGUUCGUGGCCAUCAUGGAGUUUGUGUGGUCGACGCGCUGCUCUUCAGAGACAGACGAGGUACGCCCUCAAUCCUGCCCUCGCCGACACCACAGACCCACCCCAGUGUCUGUCUGUCAGGAGAUGCUCACCGAGUUCCGAAACGCUGUCUCCUGUAAGAAGAGUUCCCGUUCCCGUCGUCGCCGCCCCCUGGGCAACUCUGCGGCCCUCCGCCACCCCACCCGCAUCGCCCUGGGGGCCCAGCGGCCACUCCGCCUCGUACGGGAGAUGCGCCUCAGCAACGGCAAGCUCUACAGCGGCUCGGGACCCCUGACUGGUGGAGCAGGGGGGCCAGGAGGGGGUGUAGGGGCUGAGGGAGGUCCCUCAGACAUGGGCCCCGGGCCUCAGCGACUCCUGGAGGACCCUCUGGGGGCCAACACCACCUCUCCUCACCCGCCCCAGCCGCAGGCCGCCAUGGCGCUCCCUCGCAGCUGCACGCACGUCAGGAUCUGCCACGAGUGCAGGAGGAUCCAGAGCCUGAGGUCAGGGAUGGGUUCCACGAGGAUCCCCCCCUCAUCUGCACCCUUGCCCCGCCUGCCCCCUCCUCCUCCCCCCUCCUCCUCCAACACAGACAGCGAGGGGGGAGGUGGGUCCAGCCCCCGGCGGCUCCCCCACAGCACCCCUGCACCCUGCCUACCUAUACCACCCCCACAGAGCAGCAUCGACACAGACCUUCUGGGGAAGCAGGACUAAGACUGACAAACUAGGAGGGGCUGGAGGGUAUAUGUGGGGGCAAGUUAACGGUGACUUAACUGAUGUUUUGAGCUGCUCAGUGACACACUAUUAUGUGACCCUCUGUACAUUGGCCUCCAGGAGGGAACUACAGGGAGAGAAGGAGGAAGAAAGAGAGAGAGAGAGAAUUAGAGGGCUCAAAGACAUUGUGAGACGUGUGAUGAAGCAAUGAAAAGGAUAUAUUUGCACAGAUACCAAAAGACACCCAUACAGAAGGAGAAAGAAGGAGAGACUUUCUUUGCUCUCCAGUGCGCUGCCCAGCUGGGUCUGGUGUUAGCCCAGUCUGUUCACAGAACCAUGCUCCACUAUGUUCUGGCUUUGUGAUUUACCUGAAGAUGGCUGCUCGGUUCUUAUCUUGACUUACCAGUGGAUCAAUCAGGACUGAGCUACACUGGAUAAAGCAGCCAGGUAACGCACAUCAUUUGAUGCCAGACCUACUGGUUUCUCUGUUAGUCUCUCUCUGUUCUCCCCGCUCUCUAUCGCCAUCUCUCUCUCUCUUUCCCUUUCCAUGGUACCACAGACUCAUCUAGAGCGUCCAGCUCUUCCUCUCUGGACAGUGACCACUGUAGGAGGAGUCCACAUCGAUCCUGGAGGACCUUUAAUCUAUGUAACAUACAACAACAGAAGACUUUAAAACUGACUCAGAGAAUUAUAUGAUUUUCCAGAUUUUUUUGUUGUUGUCUUUGUCAUUUGGUUACCAUUGUUCUAAGUGGAAGUUACAGAAAAAUAAAGACUGUAUAUGUGACUAAUGUGGUGGAUCACGACACACUAUGAAGAAAGGACUCCCCUGAGGUUUACUGUGUGGAGGAGGUGUUUUGUCCCUCUGUGGACCCCGUAGCUGCUUUUGAAACGACAUUGAAGAAAACAGAUUUGGCUGGAAAUGAGUUGCAACAAAGUCAGAUAUGCAUAAUAUAAUUGCUGUGUGUGUGUGUGUGUGUGUGUGUGUGUGUGUGUGUGUGUGUGUGUGUGUGUGUGUGUGUGUGUGUGUGUGUGUGUGUGUGUGUGUGUGUGUGUGUGUGUGUGUGUACACAGAGGUCUGUCCUUACAGUAAGUGAGAGAAACAAAUGAUCAUACCAUUUCAGUGUAAGUAUAUGAUAAUCAGAGGCUUUGCGAUGUGAAAUGACUUGUUAUCCUGGAGAAUACUUGCCAAGCCUUUUCUCCUCUUUACCUCUGUUCAUAGCACAGAGAGAGAGGAAGAGGAGAGAGAGAAAAAGGAGAGAGCAAUGGAGAGAGGAAGAAGAGAGAGAUGAAGAGGAGUGGGAGAAAGAGAACAAAUAGGAAUGCAACAGUGAGGAACAGAGAGAUAAAGGAGGACUGUAUCAGAAUGACAAAUCCCUAAUUGAACUUCUUCCAUCAUGAGAUCUCUCCUGAUCUGGUAAUUCUGGGCAGCAUCUUGUUGGGGGCUUGGCUCUGCUGCCGGGAGGCUGGGACUAAAGCUUCCCUGCUCGACAUCACGUUGAACUGGCUGUUUGCAGCACAGACGCCUGCCAGAGCUCCACACAGAGCUCCACACCACCCUGAGCCCUCUCAUUACAGCCUGUGGAGCUUUAGAUCUGGUAAUUAUUCCCCUUUAAUAACUAAUAGCCACACAAUGACUACGGAGGAGACUGAGGUCAUGGUUUAAUGUUAUAAAAGUAUGACUGGGAAUGAUGUUAGGGUUCAAGCCUCUUUGAGGAUUUCUGCUGCCUCUCUCACAUAUACACCACAGAUCAUCUCACACACAUGCACACACGCACGCACGCACACACAUACACACACACAUAAUUAUCUCUGUGUUCUUCUAUUGAACCCACAGUGCAGCCAGACACACACAGCUGCAUAGGUCACCACAUUGUCUGUGAUCUCCCUCUAGUCUCAACUCAAUGCUGUGAAACCACUGGAUGGCUUUGUUCCAAUACACUUCAUUGGCCACCUUUCCUCAUCUCCUUUCCUACACAACAAUUGAUCUUACAAGGAUAGACAAGUGAAAGCACUGGUGCAUCUCUAACCGGUCCUUUCAUCUAUCAGUGGUGAAGAAGGAAAGGAGAUAAGAAAAUGAAGACCUUUGAGUAUUGGAACAUACAACAAUGCCAGGGGGAGGGAAGGAGGGGUAGCCAAAGUGAAUCAGAGGGGUGUCUUUGAGGGGAGAGAGUUUACUCAACAAAAAAAACAUUGUUUUUGUUUACUUUUCUGUUCUCUCUGUUAUUUUUUCAUAUUUCUAUACUAGUGCUAAAUGGAUUAUUAAAAGAAUGAAGUUGAA